GAUCCAAAACCAUCCGCAAAAUAACAGAGCCAAAAUUGUUGCAUAUAUUUUUCAUUUGUGUGAGUAAACCGGUUUCAAAACCAUUUCAAUAAGAGCAUAAUAUCAAAAAAUAUAGAAACUGAAAAACAAAAAAAACUCAGAUGCCACUUCCAUGAAGAAAAGAGCGAGAGAAAACAAACAGUAGACAAUGGUAUCUUGUUUCUCAGGUGUAAAGAGUGGCAGGUCAACUGAAACUGUAGACAACUACCUCAAAGAUCUGCGGGCCGGGGGGGGGGGGGGGGGGGAUUGGCGAUGAGAAAUAGUAGAUAAAUGCAAUAGAAAGAUUUCUUGCUGUAAAAAGGAUAGAAAACUGAAUUCUGGAGUGCAUGAAAAGAGUUAUAAUCUUCCCUUGAAAAUUAAGUACUAGCAGGGCAAUGACACUACAAAUUCCAUGAUUCAUGAAUGCAUAAUUUCUCAUCACUGGUAUUACAGUGAAUAGCUUGAACUGCUCUUCAAAUAUCUAAAUCAUUACCUGUGCUGUUUUCUUGUCAUGGUCGACCAUCAAUUGACUUUUCUUGAUUGACUACACAAAAUGAGAAACUUCCUCAGCAUGAACCAGCUAAACCACAUGCUAGGCUCGCUUGUGAGCCAACAAUUCUUGUCUGUAAAGAAACAUUAUUCACCAGUGCUGGGUAGAAGUGCAAGUCUGAAUCAAGGCUCUUAUGAGUCUUUAUCUAAUAUGUUUUAUUAGACAGAUACCUCACUUCUGGUGGCACCUGUAUUGUCUGUCAACUCAAGGAGGUAGGGAAAGAUGUUUUUAAAAAGGAACAGCAAGCUUAUGCAUAUGCUGGGGAUGAGUUACAUGAACGGCAGGACAAACCCAUGUGAUUUCUUGAUUUGAAACAAGCUAGUGUCCCUCAUUGGUGCCAAUACUAACCACUCAUUUCAUAUAGCAGAGAUCUUCCACACACCCUUUCAUCAUCUAUAUAUAGACAUAUGACUUCAGGAUCAGUAACUCAACUCUUCUCCUUCAUUAAACAUCAAAGCUUCCUAUCUUUCCCAGAUCCUUUCAACUCUUUUUAUUGUUUAUUCACUUGGGAAUAUAGAAGCCAUGGGUUUCCGGCUGCCUGUAAUUGUUAGCUCCAAGAGAAGUCUUGCCCGAUCUUCAUCUAAUGCGAACAAGACAGCUUCAAAGACCUUAGAUAUCCCAAAAGGCUACUUUGCGGUCUAUGUUGGAGAGAGACAGAAGGGAGAGAGCCAGAAGAAGCGAUUUUUGAUUCCAAUAUCAUACUUGAACCAACCUUCAUUUAUGGUUUUGCUGAGUCAAGCUGAAGAAGAAUUUGGAUAUGAUCAUCCCAUGGGCGGUAUCACAAUCCCCUGCAGUGAAGACACCUUCCUUGAUCUCACUUCCCGCUUAAGUGUGUGACUGAAUGA